UUGGUGCUGCUGCUCUUGGCUGUGGUGGGGGGCGUGCGCGCGCACUCCGCGGGCCCCCGGUCACCCCCGCCUGCCGCUGAUCUGGACAUCAUUGAGCCGGGGAAUCCUCUCCGAACGCUAGGAGGCUAA